AUGGCGUUCACGAUCAUAACGAUCAUUUUCACACCCCUAGGAUUCUUCACGUCUUUCUUCGGUAUGAACCAUUCGCUCACUGGCGCCGACUGGAUGACACUUGCCAAUCAGUGCAUCUACAUGUUCUGCAUCUCCGCAGCAAUCAUCAUUUCCGCCCUGUCACUAGUGUUCAAAGGCAGCCAGCUUCGGCGUUUUCUGAACUCGUUGAGAGACCCGAAAGCCAGGUGGCAUGACCUGGAAAGAGCAUGGAAAGGCUGGAAAAGACGGCGGCACGACGAAGAACCCAAGCCUGGUGAGAAGACAGCCGGAAAGGAAGACUCGAGCCAACAAAAUGGAACGAAUGAUGCGAGGGCUGUUGGGGACACAGACGAGGGCCGGCCAAAUGAAACGAAUGGCGCCAUGCACUACUUCCGUCAAUUCGGCCCGCUGAAAGGCUCCAGGUUGAGCAAACUGACCAGCCGCAACAGCCAGUUGAGAAAUGACGUGGAGAAUUCUAUGUCCGAGCACAACCGUGAGACGGCAAGGCCCAAGACGGCAUAUGGAUGA